UUUUAAUUGAUCUCUCCAUUGUAUAAUAUUUUAAAUUCUAGAUAGUUGAUAAGUUUAAAGAAUUUGUUAACAUUUAUUUUUGAUCACACAGGAUGGAAUGGUUUCAGGGCUCCAUAGAACAGGCUAUAAAGCAAGUCAGGGAAGCAAGUUCUCUCUUGUGCGUUUUUAUCAAAGAUGAUAAAGAAGCCAGUACUGAGAUGACGGAUGCUAUCUCAGCAGUCUCCCACGUGUUCCAAGGUCACACUUCUAUACAGCUAGUGUAUGACACGGCAACGUGCAAGCAGUUCUCGGUGUACUAUCCUAUCUUAAUAGUUCCCUCAAUUUAUAUUGUGGACGGCAGUGGAGUCAACCUUGCAGUUAUCGCUGACAAGAACAAGAUUGUCAACAUCCUUAGUGAAGUUACUCAAAGCAGAUCUCUUCAACCAGCUCCAGCAGUCGCCCCACAAGCCGCCCCCUCAGUGGUACCUACAACAACACCACAGACCUCCCCAGCCGAUCACGACAUCUCCACCACUGUUACUCCUGAAUCUAUCGGAGCUUUGAUCGAUAGGAGUAGUGGUAAUGUCCCCACUGUGGUUAAUGGUAGUGUUCCUAGUACCUCCAGCGGGAUCACUGAUGCUCAGAAGUCUCUCGAAGAACAAAAAGAGAGGGCUCGUCAGAUAUUAGAAGAGAAGCAAAUGAAGGACCAAGCUGCUGCUGCAGAAGAGUUGAAGGAAAAAGAACGAAAACGAAGAUUGGAGGGUCAGGCGAUCGCCGAACAGAAGAAAAGAAAGGAAUCCGAAGAAAUGAAGCGACAUUCCGAGUCUAUCAGACGAGAUAAGGCUUCGCAAAAAGCUGAAAUGGAGGAGAUUCGAGCACAAAUUGCACGUGACAAAGCCGAGAGGAGGGGAGAGAAGUACACGCCUCCUGUUGCAGCGCCCUCAACUGCUCCUUCAACUCCCUCCCUCCCGGAAGGUAAGGUCAGGGUACAGAUCAAAUUCCCAGCAACUGACAGCACUUUGGCAAAGACAUUUGAUGAAACUGAUUCUCUCGUAACUGUUGUUGAAUAUGCAAAAGAGCAACUUAAAAAGGACAACUUUACUCUCUGGAACACCUUCCCACGGAAACAGUUCAAAUCAGCAGACCUCAACCAAAGUCUAGAGAGUCUGGGACUGAAAGGGAGCGUUUCUCUAUUGGGAAUGAGCGGCAAGGGAUACACUCCCGCCCCCACUCCAGUACCAGAGGAACAACCCUGCUCUUCCACUGCUGGAAACUUUUCUAGCAACUCCAAUGACAAACCCUUGUCCCAAACAAGAAUACAGUUUAAGAAAUCUGACGGAACUUCUCUGUUACAUAUAUUUGAUAAAGAUACUCUACUUGUUGAUGUUGUCAAACACUUUCAGAAUGAAUGCGAAGAUUUGGGUGAUAGUGUAUUGUGGAGCUUGUAUCCUAGAUACGAGAUAACACACGACCACGUGCAGCAAACCCUCGCGCAACUCAACAUGUGCCCUUCUGCAGUGAUAUUCGUGCUACCACCUAGCAACCAAACAUCUACUAACCAGGUGGGGACAGGUAGUACCGGAAUGUUCUACGAGCUACUUUUGACCCUGAUACAGCUGCCGAUCAACAUUCUGCAGUAUUUAAAGAACAUCCUGUUUCCAGCCAGACCCUCAGCACGGCCCCGGCCCCCUCCCCUCACCCCCACACCGUCAGAGACUGACGGGGGCUCCGGGGGCUCCACCCCUCUCGACACUAAUUCUUUGCCAGACAGUAAUUCUGAUGGACUAAGAAAGCGAACUAAACUUGACGGAAAUGUGACCAGACUAAGUAAUAAUAGUGCAAACGGUGAGGACGAUACCAACACGUGGAAUGGCAACAGUACGCAGCUCCAAUAACGUAACUACGGAAACAGUACGCAGCUCCAGUAACGUAACUAUGGCAACAGUACGCAACUCCAGAUGUGUUUACUACCUAGUACCUAUGUAGUGACUGGAAUGUAAACGUGGUUUAAAAAUGUGUAGAUAAGGGUAUACUAUCGCAUAAUUAAUAUUAAAUAAUUAUAUAACAUACUUAUGUGAAAUGUUCUUGAAAUAAAUUUACUUGGGACUUGAUAUCUUUUGGGUCUUUGUUUCAGAAUUAAAAGUCACGUUUUAGUUUAGCCUUCUUAAAAAAUAAAGUAACUUUAUUUUCAUAGUACUGUUAAUGUUUAUCAGAUUUCAGUUUCAAUUACAGUCAGUCAAUUUUAAGUUGCUGAUAUUUCAGUUAUACAGUUUUCGUUUAGUAUUAAGAACUCAACUUUGAACACUUUGUUAUGAAGACUAUUUGUCCACAAAAAUAUAAAUUUCCAUAAUAAAUGAAUUCUAAUUUGUUAGCUGUAUCCAAAGAGAUUUUGCAAAGUAAUGACUGUCAGUAUAUUUUCGGCUCAGAUUGGUGUAAAAUGUAAUUUCAAGGGGGUUCGUAAUUUGAUCACCUACAUUACCCAUCUUGAAGUUAAAGUAGGUUUUAUCAGGUUUAUGAGCAAGCAGAAAGCAUUUAUGGUUUAUCUGUAGAGUUUUCAUUGCAAUCAGCAAAAGUGGCGAAGUUUUGUGAAGUUGUUAAAAUUAAAAUUUCGUGUUUUUCCCAUCUCAAAUAAACUUUGGUAAGGAGUGGUUAGAUAUUCCGUGUAGUUUACUUGAGUCCGUGCAUUUGUAAUUAAUCUAUUUAAUGAACUUCAGACUUGAUUUAUUAAUCCAAAUUGUUUAGCGUCUCACUCCGAGUUUUCCAGAGAGAAUUCAUCUUUGUAACAAAUCAUAUUCGAAACUGCAAAUCUUGCUGGCAUAUUCGAUUUGAUUUAUAAAAAUGGAAUAUUCUAGACUUCGAAUCACGUUUAAUGUAAUCA